AUGUCACUUACAUUUCUCUUCAUUCUUUUACUGUUCGUGCGAACUAGUUCAACAAAGCAAUGCUAUCAUUGUGUCAUGUGCGAUGAUACCGCCGAACUACGUAUAACUGUUGACGAAGGCGAUUGGUGCUACAAGAGUAUCGUAAUGGGUAUUAUCUUUCGUGGUUCGCCUGGUCAACGCUGCAUAUCCAAUGCUAAUUAUUUCUGUUGCAUGGGUCAUCUAUGUAAUAGAGGAACACAAAUAGUUCGAAUCUCUGUUUUUUGUUUUCUCGUGUUCAUAUGUAGUUCACUGCAAAUUUCGUUAUUAUAA